CUUCUCAUUGUUUUCAAGGCAUCCCUAAGGCGUCAGGGUGCCCUCCAAUCUCAAGGCGUCGAGCUUGCCUUUGACAGCCACAGAAGGUGUCCGCUUUGGAGCUUGAGGAGUCGGUUAGAUCUGCGCCACCGGCAACAAGAUACUAAAAAUGGCGAACUGUCCAUACAGGAAAAUAUUUUAGCUGCUUCCUGUGCAGGGAUUGCAACAGCUGUUGCAACUAAUCCAUUAUGGGUUGUGAAGACUAGACUACAAACACAAGGGAUGAGGCCUGGCGUGGUGCCUUACACGAGCGUCUUAUCUGCGUUACGUAGGAUUGCAGCAGAAGAAGGUCUCCGUGGAUUGUACAGUGGUCUUCUUCCUUCUUUAGCUGGGGUUACUCAUGUAGCCAUCCAGUUCCCAGUAUACGAGAAGGCGAAGCUGUACCUUGCCAAAAGAGACAAUACUACAGUUGACAAGCUUGGCCCUGGUCAAGUAGCAAUUUGUUCUUCAGGAUCCAAAAUAGCAGCCUCGCUGAUAACAUACCCUCAUGAGGUUGUACGAUCUAAGUUGCAAGAACAAGGCCGUGUUCCCCAUGGUGCUAUACGGUAUAUAGGUGUAACGGACUGUAUAAAGCAAGUGUUACAGAAGGAGGGGAUUGCUGGAUUCUACCGAGGUUGUGCUACAAAUUUGUUGCGAACAACGCCGAACGCUGUCAUUACUUUUACUAGUUAUGAGAUGAUCAAUCGACUCAUGCACCAACUCCUGUCCUCCUAAUUGAAAGAUGGAAACCAACAAAUCUUCAAUGUGCUUGCAAUGCUGAAUCGUAAGUUCUGGCUGUAAUGGUUCGUUAUCGUGGUUGCAUUGCCAUUUGUCCAUUAUUGAAGAAAAGAUAGCUGUUGACGACAGAUUUUGGUAAAAGUAGACGGAUCCAGAGGUUUGUAUUUUGCCGUGAGGGAGAAACCCUGUUGUUUUAAAUUCAUUCUGCAUAGUUGUUAGGAGCAAAUCGUUGUCUACAGAAAGUUGGCAUGCUUUUCUCC